CGCAGGGAUUCCCCACACCUCGUCUCAAUGCUGCUUCUUCAAUCUGCUUCUCCGACUUUCUGGACUCUUACAUUGCCAGUCUGCCCUGCAUUCUCUUGUUCUCUCUUUACUCAAUGUCUCAAUCAUGAGCAAUGCAUCGCUGCCGCCCAAUGCCCCCAUGAUGAACGGUACCGUCCCUAAUCGUCAUGGAGAAGCCGAUGUACCCUCCUCCAGUCUAGAACAUGUCUGCGCUCAACUCCAUUCACAAGUCCAUUCAUUCCUGGCCGCAUCUCCUUCGGACGACGUUACUAGACGGACACAAGAACAGACAAAAAUUGCAUUGGGUGUGAUAGAGCAGGCGCUGGCAGAUUAUGACAGAUUUGAAUCGUUAUCACUUUCAUACAACGGCGGGAAAGAUUGUCUGGUGCUCCUUAUACUCUACCUAGCCGUGCUCCACAGCCAUUUCACGCGCAUCGUCAAGACCGAGCCGGAUCGUCAAGAUGGUUCUUCACCAACGGUCACCUUUCCCACCUCGAUCCCCUCCAUCUACGCCAAACCACCCGACCCAUUCCCCGCCGUGUCCGACUUCGUCGAGUACUCUGCCCGACUCUAUCACCUCGAUCUGGCGCAUAUAUCGACCAACCCUGGCCCAUCCAAGAAAGAGCGCUCUCACUCCAACCCGACCAUCACCAAACCGUACCCUCGAGUCGAGCCGAACACGAACCCGAACGACGGCGUAGACGGCGUGGGUCACCACUCGAUAUCCAUAUCCAAACCUAUAGUAUCCUUCCGCGACGCCUUCGAACUCUACCUGUCUUCACACCCGUCCGUGAGAGCCAUCUUCGUCGGGACCCGCCGCACAGAUCCCCACGGCGCACAUCUCACGCACUUCGACCCGACCGACCACAAUUGGCCGCCGUUCAUGCGUGUACAUCCGGUCAUAGACUGGCAUCUGUCCGAGAUUUGGUGCUUCUUGCGAUCGCCGCUUCUGAAAGAUCUAGAAACAGGCGGCCCGCUCAGGUAUUGCCCCAUGUAUGAUGAGGGGUACACGAGUCUAGGCGGUGUGAAUGAUACCCUGAAGAACCCGAAGUUGAAGGCUCGUGAUGAGAAUGGCCACGAAUACUAUCGGCCCGCGUUUGAGAUGACCGAGGACGAGGGUGAGAGAUUGGGACGAGAAUAAAGGCGGUGGGUGACUGGCUGGGUUGCUCUGGCUCUGUGACCUAGGUGGUGAACUACUUAGGAGUCGCGCCCACAGCUCCCUUGAACAAGAGAUUAUAUGCCUCGAAACGAAUUCGGUUUGGCAGAAUCUCCCCAGUCGAAUCGAAGCACUCGAUACGAGGAAUUGUGUCGGCAAUACAACGACCAACAAAAUAAAUGGCCGCAUAUCAUUAGUGUUGAUUAAAAACGGUCCAUGAUGAUAGAUCUCCAGUCGAAGACCGGGGACUUGGAUAUAGUAACCUAUGUUCAGAGAAUAUGUCGCAACAGACGACUUGGUCAAUAAUUGGCAUUAUACAAUCAUUUGAAACCUCC